AUGACAAAAAAGGAGAAAAUUGACACGCUGUCCGAGAAAGUCGUGCCGCAACAACCAGUCGGGACUGCCGAGCGAGCACGGCGCAAUCUCAAUGCCAAACUCUCCAACCCGCUGGCUGGGUUCAGCCAUACCGAGCUACGGAAUCAGGGGCGCACGUUUGCUGAACUCCACGAGAUGGGCGAUGAGUCCGAUAUCCGCGCUUUCGAGCUGGGUGCUGUGCUGGCACAGUCUCCGGAACAGUAUGACAAUGUCGCUGGUCUAACAAACAAGGAAAAGGCAGUAUUGCGCCGGGAAGUUACUCAUCGCUGGUCACAGCCGUGGAAGAUGUAUGUUGUUAUUACGCUGUGCUCCUUAUCCGCCACAGUUCAGGGAAUGGACCAAACGGUUGUCAACGGAGCCCAAAUAUUCUACAAACACCAAUUCGGUAUCGGCGAUGAAUCCUCUCGGAGUGCCUGGCUUGUCGGUCUAGUGAACUCAGCCCCAUACCUCUGUUGCGCCUUCAUCAGCUCCUGGCUGACAGUCCCAUUCAACCAUUGGUUCGGGCGCCGCGGCACAAUUUUCAUAGCAUGCUGCUUGUCUGCGAUAACCUGUCUCUGGCAGGGAUUUGUCUCGACAUGGUGGGCGAUGUUUGUUGCACGAUUCAUGCUAGGCUUCGGGAUUGGCCCCAAAUCAGCCACUGUGCCAAUAUACGCAGCCGAAACAGCACCGCCCUCUAUCCGUGGCGCAUUGGUUAUGCAGUGGCAUGUGUGGACCGCAUUCGGGAUUAUGGUUGGCUAUGCAUCGGACCUCAUAUUCUACAAUGUGGAGUCGAGUACCAUCGUCGGCCUGAAUUGGCGCUGUAUGAUGGCCUCGGCGAUGUUCCCGGCUCUAGUCGUUUGCUGUUUUGUCUUUGCUUGUCCCGAGUCACCGCAUUGGUACAUGCGCCAGAAGCAGUAUUACCGUGCUUACAGGUCUAUCUGUACGCUGCGGAAUCAUAAGAUCCAGGCAGCUCGUGACUUGUACUACAUGCAUACCCUUCUGGAGGCUGAGAAUAGCAUGAAGCUUGGGCGUAAUAAGCUGCUGGAACUGAUUAAAGUCCCGCGAAAUCGGCGGGCGAUGUUGGCGUCUCAAAUUGUGAUGUUUAUGCAGCAGUUCUGUGGCGUGAAUGUCAUAUCAUACUAUUCUUCUGAGAUAUUUCUCGAGGUCAGAUCAAGCUAUCGACCCUACUUUUCCUCCACCGGAUCAUUGACAGAAGCUCUAGGCCAAUUUCUCUCCGCCGGCUGCUCUAGCUGCCUCACUAGGCUGGGGCCUAAUCAACUGGCUCCUAUCAAUUCCGGCAAUUUACACGAUCGACACAUUCGGCCGACGCAAUCUCCUAUUACUCACCUUCCCCCUCAUGUCCAUGGCAAUGCUAUUCACAGGGUUCAGCUUCUGGAUCCCAGAGAGCAGCCACCAUGCACGUCUCGCUUGCAUCGCUUUAGGAACAUAUCUCUUUUCGGCGUGGUCUACUCACCGGGCGAGGGACCCGUGCCAUUUACAUACACAGCCGAAGUGUACCCGUUAUACGUCCGGUCAUAUGGAAUGGCGCUAGGCACGGCAACGAUGUGGUUCUGUAAUUUCCUUCUGGGAGUGACGUGGCCGUCUCUGCGUGCUGCAUUUACAACGCAGGAGCAUUUGCUUGGCAUGCAAGCUGGUGCUUUGUUGGAUGGUGGAUGA